GUUUCUCCGGCGGAGCUCGCGCGGCAGUGUAGUCUGAGCUCGUGGAGGGAUUAAAAAGACACCACCAGCAGCAGCAGCAGCACCAGCAGCAGCGAUGUUUACCGGGAGCCCGAGCGCAUGUGUGACCCUCUGUUUGUGGAUUACGGCCCUGACGAGCGUCUCUGCAAGGAAGCAGGACGACUCCUUCUUCACCGCCAGCGUUUACCGAGCGAGAUGCGCCUCGAGGUGCCUCAGCCUGCACAUCACUCGCAUCUCCGCGUUCUUCAAGCACUCACAGAAUAAUGGCUCUUUGGUGUGGUGCCAGAAUCACAAGCAGUGCUCCAAGUGUCUGGAGCCCUGCAAGGAAUCUUGGGACCUGAAGGAAAACCAGUGCCAAGAUUUAUGUGAGCCCCUUUUUCCCAAGAAGCACUACGAGUGUCUUACAAGCUGCGAGUUCUUGAAGUCCGUUGAGGGGGUGAAGCAAGGCGACUGCCCCGCGCCAGAGAAGGCCAGCGGCUUUGCUGCAGCCUGCGUAGAGAGCUGUGAGGAGGAUGGAGAGUGCUCCACAGUCAAAAAGUGCUGCAGCAACGGCUGUGGUCACACCUGCCAGGUGCCCAAGAAUCUCUACAAAGGAGUCCCUCUGAAACCGAGGAAGGAUCUGGUGUUCUUGGAGCAGCCUUCGGGUCAGCUGGAGAUCCGCUGGUCGUCCAAGUUUAACAUCUCAGUCGAGCCGGUCCUCUACGUGGUGCAGCGCCGUUGGAACUACGGCAUCCAUCCCAGCGAGGACGAUGCCACGGAAUGGCAAACGGUGGCCCAGACCGCAGAGGAGCGCAUCCAACUGGCUGACAUCAGAGCCAGCAGAUGGUACCAGUUCAGAGUUGCAGCAGUCAAUGUCCAUGGGACUCGCGGCUUCACUGCACCAAGCAAGCACUUCCGAUCCUCCAGAGACCCUUCGGCGCCUCCUAGCCCAACCAAUCUGCGUGUCACCAACGUGACUUUGGGCGACGAAGGCACGGUGAUGGUUCGUUUGAACUGGAGCUUGCCAGAGGAGCCUGAUAUUCCCAUCCAUCACUACAAAGUGUUCUGGAGCUGGACUGUGCCCUCAAAGUCGAUGGUUCCAUCCAAGAAGAAGAGGAGAAAGACCACAAAUGGGGCUCAGAGCUGGGUGGAUCUGGAGGGACUGCAACAAAACAGCAGUUACACUGUGGAGCUGCAGGCUGUCACAUACUGGGGACAGGUGCGCCUGAAGAGCUCCAAGGCCUCGCUCCACUUCAGUACCUCUCAGAAUAAUGAAUCAGCAAAAUCGACCCACAAGCCCAAGAAGGAGGAGAUAUCCCCUCUGGGCUCGACGUUGGCCAAACGCCCCUCUGGGCCUCUGGAAGUGGGCACACCCUUCUACCAGGAUGGUCAGCUCCAGGUCCGAGUCUACUGGAAGAAACGGGGAGACCCCACGGUGAGUCGCUACCACGUCCAGUGGAUGCCCGAGUUCUGCAGCCACAAUGAGACCCGAGGCCCAGAGAAAUCCGUCACACAGGAAAACUACAUCAACCUUCCGGGUCUGCUGUUCUCCUGCAAGUACAAAGUCACCGUUCAUUUGCUGAAGUCCAAGAGACGCUCCAAGGACGAGAGCACCACCUUCUUCACCCCGUCCUGCGCUACCAUCCGGAGCAAGACCCACAAACACAUCCCCUGUCCGGGGGAGGGAGCUUCAGUCCUUCCAAAGGUUCUGGCUAAGCCAGAAAAUCUGACGGCCUCCUUCUCCAUGAAUGACGGAAACAUAACGGGCAGCUUCCUGUGGCGCGUGUCCAGGGUGGCUCCUCACCAACGGAUCACAGGCUUCCAGGUCACCUGGGCGGAGAUCAACACUGAGAGCCGGCAAAACAGUCUGCCCAACAGCAUCAUAUCCCAGUCCCAGAUCCUGCCUCCAGAUCACAGUCUGCUUGUCGUAUCCAAUUUGCGGCCGACUACAUACUACAGACUGGAGGUGCAGGUCAUAACAACUGGAGGCGAGGGACCCGCCACUGUCAAGACCUUCCAGACGCCAAAUAUACAACCACUGGCACAACACCGACCCAGACUCCGGCAGCACCACUCUCAUCACCAGAAGCCAUCAUUGGAGAAACACUGAGUUUGCGCACCGAGGCAAACCCAACCCGACUGAGCGAAUCGACUGUGACUCUGUUCCCGUCAGCCAGGGAAGGAAUGCGUAGAGCCUCACAGAAACUCAGUUCGCCGGACCAUGAAGUGGACCACCCCACCUCCGCACUCUCUCAGCUCAUGAAAAAUGGGUCUAUCUUCUUCAGGCUCCACAAUGCAUCAGCUCCUUUUUAACCCCGACAACCCUCUCUC